CAGUCUACAGCUUCUUCCAUAACUAAAGAUGUUCGCGGCGCUGCGAUCCCGGUCUCUCAACAUCUCUCAAUCAUGGAACCAAUUAGGGUUUACCGGUUUCCGCCACGUGUCCUCUUCGUCAACAACCCCAAACAACACCGGCUUACUUGACCUAAACGAGGUAGAAAAAGUCCUCACCGACGUGAAAGCCGACGACGUGAAAGUAAUACCGGUUGGAAAACAAUGCGACUGGGCUGAUUACAUGGUGGUAGCUACCGGUCGGUCUACGUGGCACGUUAAAAACAUAGCUCAAGCCCUAAUUUACAAGUCUAAGCAAAAACAGAAGGGAGCUGAGAGGAUGAUGCUUCCUAGCGUUCAAGGACAGGAGGGAGGAACAUGGAUUGUGAUUGAUUCUGGUAAGGUGAUUGUUCAUGCUCUUGAUGAGAAGGCCAGAGCUUAUUACAAUCUUGAAAAUCUUUGGAUCUCUAAUACCUCUAGAAAAGAAGUAGUUCAGGAUUUAGAUCAAGCUUUUGUGAAGAUUCGUCCAAAGAAUAAUUCUAAGCGACCACCAGAAAAACGCUCGUGAGCCUCCAUGUUAGUUACAUGAACAGCCCUAUAAAUUCAUGCUGUUUUUGUUUUCACAUCAUGAAAUUGUUUCUAUCGUUUUGUAUAAACUGUAUAAAUUGUUAGUGGGAAUGUUUCUUCUUGAUUUUA